UCAGCGUGUAUUUUCAUUGCAGUGCUGAGGUAAAUCAUUUGUAUAUUCCAACCAGGCGGUGUCUGCAAAAAUUAUGUGAAUAGCUAAAUACUGAAUAUAUACAAAUACACCUGAUUUUUUUAAGAAUCGCCAACGACUCCCAGACAUGUUUCCGCGCCCUGCCAGGACAUCGAAAUGGGUGCAGCUGAGCUCGCUGUCGCUGCUGUACGUGGUGGGGGAGCUAGCGCACUUCCUGCUAGGCGUCGUGACGACACCCAUGAGCCAGGAGCUGCAUUACGGUGACCAUGGCUGCCUCGUCAACCCAGACCUCGAUACUGACGAAGACGUGCCCGACAACGUCUUCUGCUACCAAGGCAACUCUUCUGACGUGUGCACCGAGAUAUGGGUGUCGAGCACGAGCAACGAGUCUGCCUGCGUGUGGGACUACAGCGGCCUGGGGAUGCAAUAUCAGCUCCUGGCAGGCCCUUCCUUCGUGGCGGUCUUCACCAUCUCAGGAGUCUUCAUGGGCUUCGUGUCGGACCGAGUCAAUAGGAAGAACGUGUUGGCGGCGUGCUUGGCGCUCAUCACGCUCGCCACGCUCCUCAUGGGCACGGCCACGCAGUACUGGCACCUCGUCGUGCUCAGGAUGAUGAUUGGCGCGGGAGAGUCAUCGUUCGCUCCCUCAGCCAGUAGCAUCAUAUCGGAUUUGUUCACAGAGAGUGUGCGUGGGUUGGCAUUGGGCAUCUUCAAUUGGGGCAUCUACCUGGGCUACGGCCUCUCCUACAUCAUCGGCAACUACGUCACAGCCGCCGACAUACUCGGCAUGGGCUGGCGCUGGUCCUACUACAUCUCAGGGAUGCUGGGGGUGCUGGUGCUGGUGUACAUGCUGGUGGUGCUGGAGGAACCUCCUCGGCUGGGGGGGCCUGAUGAUGACAAGCCUUCACCACACCCCGCACCACUCACCGACACCACAUCCAUUGAUUCUGACACGAGCUACGCCAUGAGUGACAUGCAGCUGCCACCACGCUCUCCCAGCGUCAAGGACCAGGCUGCUCAGACGAAGAGGCGCUCAGUCAGAGCAACUCUGAAGGCAGCGCUCAGCUCUGACUUUGUCUCUGCCAUCAUAAAGCCCUCGUACAUCUUCCUCUGUCUUGCUGCCUCCAUCCGCCAUACAGGAGGGUUCACCUGGGCAUACAACACGCAGCUCUACUUCCAGACGUACUACCCUCACUUCAACGUAGGGGCGUGGGUGUCGUGGGUGAGCAUCGUCGGGGGGACGGUGGGGGUGGCGGUGGGAGGCUUCGUGUCCGACAGACUCGUCAAGAAGCUGGGGGUUAAAGCCAGGCUCUACGUACUGGCCGCGAGCCAGUUCGCGGCGACGCCGUUCGCUGCCGGUGUGCUGUACCUCGCACCUCCUGCUGCCAUGUACAGUCUGCUGUGUGCCUACUUCUUCGCCGAGAUGUGGUUCGGCAUCCUAUUUGCGGUGCUGCUGGACAUCGUGCCUGGGACGGUUAAGGCGAGCUCGCUGGCUUUCUUCUUGUUCGUUAUGAACAACAUCGGGGGUAACGCUCCUGUACUGGUCGAGCCUCUACGUAAUGCCUUCUCCUACAGGACUGCACUCUACAUCAUGUACCCUGGCUGCUUCCUACUCAGUAGCGGCGUGUUCCUGUUCACAAGCCUCUUCGUGCACGACAAAAAAGUCCAUAAAGAAUCCACCAGCGAGCUCAACCGUCAGUGAGGCGUACCUAUGAGACGCUCUCAGCGUACCAAUGAGACGUAUCUUGCGUACCAAGGAGGCGCACUUCGAGUGUAAAUGGAAGAAUUAAUCGACGAUGAUGAGGUAGCCCGCUACUUCGACAGUACUUAACGUAGACAAAAAUUUAGCAUAUCAGGGUAAUGUACCAUAAACUUACAGGAGUAUCUAGCCGUAAUAAAAAAAACCCUCAUACGCAAAUAUAAUUUAAUAUACGCCUGUAUGAGGACUGCAGCACCUACGAUAUAAAUGUAAAACUUAAUGUGACGACCGUAGAGUGUAAGCAACACGUUCUUCCUAAAUGUUUUAUACGUGUGGACCCUAAGACACCAAUGAUAACACAUUGGUUGUGUCAAUUUAGUCAAUGUUUUUUAAGGUGCAACCCUUUACUUUAUUUGGAAUCGAAGUUUUU